UUUCACAAUAAUCUAUCAUUUUGGCCAAUUUUGCCGUGUAUCAAACGCGCCCCGGCGUUGAAAGAAAAACCCCAGAAUACAGGUCAUUCGCAAGACGAAGAAAGAAGUAAAAGAACCCCUUGUCAAAUUCAUCACUCCCUCUCCAUCUCGAUCCCUCCCGGUCUCGCUCUAUCUCUAUCUCGAAGACUGUUCGCGGAUAGAUUUCAAUCGAUGGAAAGCCUAUAUAGAGGGGUGCCGAGGAAAGAUAUGAAGCCAAAAGGACGACACCAUGGGUUAACUCAACAGAAGAAACAGGAGAUUAGGGAGGCAUUUGAGCUCUUUGAUACUGACAAUUCUGGUACUAUUGAUGCUAAAGAGCUGAAUGUUGCAAUGAGGGCCCUUGGUUUUGAAUUAACUGAAGAGGAAAUUAAUCGAAUGAUUGCAGAAGUGGACAAGGAUGGCAGUGGUGCGAUAGACUUUGAUGAAUUUGUGCAUAUGAUGACUGCCAAGAUUGGCGAAAGGGACUCUAAAGAGGAACUCAUGAAAGCAUUUCAUAUUAUUGACCAAGAUAAAAAUGGGAAAAUAUCCAUCGCAGACAUUCAGCGUAUCUCAAGGGAAUUGGGUGAAAAUUUUACUGAGAGAGAUAUUCAGGAGAUGGUUGAGGAAGCAGAUCGUGACCAUGAUGGGGAAGUUAGUGCUGAGGAAUUCAUGAGGAUGAUGAGAAGAACCUCUUAUGGCUACUAAAUUUCGACUUAUUGCUUUGCCAACAUUUUUCAGGCGGUUUGUUUGCUGUUCUUAUUGUAUAAAUAGUUGCCAAACGAAUUGGAUGAAUCAUGAAACUUGGAGUAGAUUUAAUCUUGAGUCUCUGGUUUGAGUAUAUUGAAGUUGGUAUUGAAUACUAUUCAAUGUGAAUAUUGGAUGAAAUUUGAAAUCCCUAAUGCUUGUCUAUGAAGUUGUUUGAACUUUGGAAUGAUGUAAAAUGGUUACUGUUGAAAAGGGAUUCACAUCAUUGAGCUCA